GCUGAACUACAUACUUACAAAAGAAAAUCCUCUGUCUCCAUCUACUUUACCAAGUACAGAGCUCAUCCAUCAUUAAAUUCAAAGACGUGUCGGCCGAUUAAAACAUUCUUGCAAUUUCAGUACCAUCUCUAAUCCGAUUUCAAAUUAGUAAUCAAUGGAUUAGUUUACAAAAUCUUUUUGCUGCUUCUCCAAUUGCUUGCACCCAGAUGGAGAGAAAUUGAAGCUGGGUAAAGAUGCGGCGGAUUUAGUUAUUCAACCACCCUACUAAUUUUGGUUGUUUAAUUUGUCUCAGGUGUAGUGAUUAACUAUUUGAAGAUCUUUCGGAUAUUGAUAUGUAACCUCCGCCAUCUCUCCGAAUUUUUGCUGUAAUGGUUUGAAGUCUAAUGGAUGGAUUCUCUGGAAAUGAGUAAUCUUAAGUCGCCGGCUCCACAGUUGGAACGGAGUACUCUCAAAUCCACGCCUCGACAGUUGGUUUAUAAUAAAUUUCAAUUUCUAAAAGCGCUCAUGAAGGUCAAGGACUUGGAAACAAUAACAUGUCUCACAUUCAUACAGUUGAUGGCAUUUUUCAUAUCUUACGCAUAACACCAUAUGCUAAUCUUAAUCACUACCAUCUACCUCAAGCACUUCAAGAGAAGUACAAUGGAUGGUUAGGCCACGAAUUAGUGAAAGAUUUUGCUGAUUAUGAGGACUUCUGUUUCAAGACAUUUGGAGAUAGAGUGAAGAACUGGAUGACAUUCAAAAAAUAUGUUCCAGAACAUACAGAAGAGGAGGAUUGGAAUUCUCUUGGAUUUUGUAUGAUAUGUACGUCUUACAAAAUCAAAGGCUGAUAAUUAUGCAACUCAGAGAGCAAGGGACUUUCAUGUUGAAUGGUAAGAAUUAAUGAUCGGUCAAGUUACUAUUGCACUCUAAAGUUUUGAGCUACAGCACAUCUAAGCGUAGAAUCAGUUUACGUUCAUAAAAGAUAUAAAUGAAAUAACAAUUACUAAAAGAUCUAAAUGAAAUUUUUCCAGUGAAUUUGCAUAUAGUUGGAUUAUGAUUCUGGCUUUCAUCAGCCUGAAAAGAAAAGAUGAAUUACAGUUGAUCAGGUUAAGUUUCUUCAGAAAAUAUUUGAGGUAGAGAACAAACUUGAACCUGAGAGAGAAUAUCAACUCGCAAAGGAUCUUGGUUUGCGGUCUAGGCAAGUUGUCAUAUGGUUUCAAAACCGACGAGUCCAGUUUAAAAACUAAACAACUUGAAAAGGAUUAUGAUAUCUUGAAAGAAAGCUAUGAUAAGCUAGAAGUGGAUUAUGACAGCCUUUCUAAAGAUAACGAGAAAUAGAGGCUCGAGUAAUUAUUAGUCUUAAAGAGUUGAGUAACAUAAUUUCAUUAUAUGCAAGUAUGAUAUAUUUAUAUAGAAUUAUAAAUGUUCAGACAGUUCAGUUGUCCAAAUUGGUAAAUAGUUUUCAUAAUCAAGUUCAAUUAUUGGUUUUAGUUAGAAGUUUAAUUUUUUGUAUCCACCAAGUUAAAUCACUCAAAGAAAAAGCAUUUAAGAAGAGGCUUGAGUUUGAGCUGCGAAAUAUAAAGUUCAGUUGAUCCAGAACCAGCAAAAAUGCCAUAAUCAAGUCCAGAUUCUCAGAAUGUGAUCAGUGCAAAUGUGAUAACAAUAAAGUAGGGAGGAUACAAGUUAGCCAAGUGUGAUGUUUUCGAUGCAGAGAGUCCACGUUUUGCUGAUGCGAACCAUAUAUCUAUAUUCGAGCCUGUUGACUUUUCUUGAGUUCUAGAACAAGAUUUAUCCAGUUUCUCCAAAGACGAAGAUGAUGACUCAUGCAACAUGUAGUUUUAGAUGAGAAUCUGAUGAUGUUGCAAAGAAGUUUCUGCUCAAAUUUUAUGAGGUUUUUGUACUGACAAUUUAGACUAGCAUGGAUGCUUAUUUAGACUAGCAUGGAUGGUUUUUGAAUUUGGAUUGUGCAUUUGUAUAUCAUAUCUGACCUUAACUAAAAAAAGAUAAUCUAUAUAAAAUCUAGACA